AUGGCCGCUGUCAAUGGCAGCGCCUUCUCGUGGAUGGCGACGAGCCAUAUGGGUAUUUAUGAAGGGGUUGUACGGUGGGUGUUGUGUGUGUACUUCCUUGCUGCAGCUGCAGCAGCGGCUGCAGCCUCACGAUGGCCUACCUUCGCUUACUUCGCGGCCCAUGGCAAAGUGCGGCAACACCAGAAGCAAAGGCAGGGACAGGGCCAGCAGCAGCAGCAGCAACCCUUGCAGCAAACUCCGCUUCAGCGGUUUCUGCGGUGGCUGGAGGCGAAAGACUGCAGCAAAUUACGCUUUAUUGACUUCUACGUCGUGGGUGUCCUUGUUUCCUGCUGCUGCCUGCUGUCGCUGCAACAGCAACAACAGCAGGGGCAUCACCAGCAGCAUCAGCAGAGCAAUCGACAACUGCUGCCCCUCACAUUGUUGCUGUUGCAUCUCCUGCGCCGAUUGGGGGAACAGGCGCUGCUAGUUGCUUCAAGCAAAGCCUCCCGAAUGCACGUGUUUGCGUAUAUUUUGGGUUGCACGUUUUACAUCGCAACUCCGAUUGCAUUUCUGAGCGCUUCCACGAGGGGGAAGGGACCCCACAUACUGCAGGCUGGGGCCUCCGUAGGGCUGUGGGCAAUUUCUACUUCGCUGCAGUUCGCUGCACACGUUUCCCUCGCCGCUUUAAGGCGACAGGGGGCUCGGAAAGAGGCCCACGCUGAGUGUGGGGGCCCGCUCAUGACAGUAGGGGGAACAGCACAUCCACAACUGGGGGCCAAGAAGACGCGCAGCAACAGAAGCAGCAGUAGUAGCAACAGCAGCGCAGAGGCGAGCAGCAGCGCGGACAGCAGCCCCGGCAACAACAGCAGCGCCAUGGCGUGGAGGGGGAGAGGGCCCUACAGGGUGCCACGGGGGCCCCUCUUUGCGUACACCAGCUGCCCUCACUACCUGAGCGAGGUGUUUAUCUAUUUGUCACUUUUCAUUGCUGCCCCCGACGUCCCCACGUGA